AUGUCGGUUGAAAUCGAUCCCGCCGAGCUGGGUUUCAAGCGCCCUUUCAAUCACGAAGUCUGCGAAAUUCUGCGUUUGCGCAACAACAAUGAAGAGCCUGUGGUAUUCAAGGUGUGUCAAGACGACUGCCCCAAAACAGUAUGGCGCUCCUCUACCAUUUCCAGCAAUCGUGCGGCUCUAGCUCUGGAAUAUCGCUUACCCCAUCUCUAUAGUUAUUGUGUUCGCCCCAACUCUGGGCGUGUAGAGCCUGGCAAGCAGGUCGAGGUGCAAGUUCUUCUGCAGGCUAUGAAGGAGGACCCAGCUCCGGAUGCGAAAUGCAAAGACAAGUUCCUCGUCCAGUCUGUUGGAGUGACCAAGGACCUGGAGCACGCCAACGUCACAUCUAUCUUUGAACAAACCCCGAAAUCCUCCGUCAUCGAGCGCAAGAUCCGUGUGGCCUGGUUGGCGGCUGACCAUCAAGAUACCUCCGAGCUGAACGGCGAUGAUUCCAUGGUGGAACAGCCUGCCUCUAACUCUCCCGCCGGCCACUUCCAAACCCCCGCUCCAAAGAAGACCGCAGCCGAUGACGUCUCCCCCGUUCCUGCUCCCGAGUUCACCGAGAAGAUCAACACUUUCUCCGCUGCCAAGACCGCAGUCGCAAAUGCCCUCCCUUCAGGCGACGACUUGAAGGCUCAACUCGCCGAUGCAAACGCCCAGAUCCAACGACUCAAGGACCGACUGGCAGACGAAGGGUUGCGCCAACGCAAAACAGCCACCGAGCCCAAGGCCGCUCCCGCCACAAUGCAGCUGCAGCAUGCACAAACCGAAGCCGGGGUACCUCUUCAGAUCGUCGCUGGGCUUUGUCUGCUCAGCUUCCUGAUUGCGUACAUCUUUUUUUAA